CCGCCUCCUCUCCGUCUGCACAAAGAGAGCGGCAGCGAAGGCCCCGGGUUCGCCUCUAAAGGCAGCGGCUGGAAAUUUAAGGUGUCCCGGAGCCAUGCCCGCCCGCAGCCGCGCUCCCCGGGUCGAUGGGUGUCGCGGCUCCGCGCCUCGCGUGUCCCGGGCGGUCGGGCUGGCGGCGGGUGCUCGGGGGGUUGCGUUGGACUGAUCAGCAGAGAAAUUGAUCCCGUUGCUGUGGGGUGGGAAAGGCCGGCAGUCUGUGGGAGAGAACCAUGUCUGUCCGGGAGUCGUUUAACCCAGAAAGUUACGAACUGGACAAGAGCUUCCGCCUGACCCGAUUCACUGAACUGAAAGGCACAGGCUGCAAAGUGCCACAGGAUGUCUUACAGAAACUGCUCGAGUCUCUACAAGAAAACCAUUUUCAGGAAGAUGAACAGUUCUUGGGGGCAGUUAUGCCCAGGUUGGGAAUUGGGAUGGACACUUGUGUUAUUCCAUUAAGACACGGAGGUUUGUCAUUGGUCCAGACGACAGAUUAUAUUUAUCCUAUUGUGGAUGACCCUUAUAUGAUGGGCCGGAUAGCGUGUGCCAACGUCCUAAGUGACCUUUAUGCCAUGGGGGUCACAGAAUGUGACAACAUGUUGAUGCUCCUUGGAAUCAGCAAUAAAAUGACAGAUAGGGAAAGAGACAAAGUGAUGCCUCUAAUUAUCCAGGGUUUCAAAGAUGCAGCAGAAGAGGCAGGAACAUCUGUUACUGGUGGGCAAACCGUGUUAAAUCCCUGGAUUGUUCUAGGAGGAGUGGCCACGACAGUCUGUCAGCCUAAUGAAUUUAUAAUGCCAGACAAUGCAGUGCCAGGAGAUGUGCUUGUAUUAACUAAACCCUUGGGAACACAAGUGGCUGUAGCUGUGCACCAGUGGCUAGAUAUUCCUGAAAAGUGGAAUAAAAUCAAGCUUGUGGUAACGCAAGAGGAUGUAGAACUCGCAUACCAGGAGGCAAUGAUGAACAUGGCACGGCUGAACAGAACAGCUGCUGGACUCAUGCACACUUUCAAUGCACAUGCAGCUACAGACAUCACAGGAUUUGGGAUCCUGGGGCAUGCACAGAACCUUGCCAAGCAGCAGCGAAACGAGGUGUCCUUUGUGAUCCAUAACCUUCCCGUUCUUGCCAAGAUGGCUGCUGUCAGCAAGGCUUGUGGAAACAUGUUUGGCCUCAUGCACGGGACCUGUCCAGAGACUUCAGGAGGCCUCCUCAUCUGCUUACCACGGGAGCAGGCAGCACGAUUCUGCGCCGAGAUCAAGUCUCCGAAAUACGGCGAAGGGCACCAGGCGUGGAUUAUCGGGAUCGUGGAGAAGGGCAACCGCACGGCCAGGAUUAUAGACAAGCCACGGAUCAUUGAGGUGGCACCACAGGUGGCCACUCAGAACGUGAACCCCACGCCCGGUGCCACCUCUUAAUAGAGAUCAAAUAGCUGUUUGUUUUUUGAAUAGAUCUAUUCCUUUAUCAUCCUACAAUUUAAAGAACUGUAAAAAAAAAAAAGAAAACUUGUUGUGUCUGCACAUCUGGUGGCCUUAGGUCAGUUUAUGAGUGGAUACAAAUAAUAAAAUGAAAUCCAUUGCCUUUUUUUCCUGUUACAUUAACUGAAGAUGCACCUAAUCUUGAGGCAGCUUCUGAGUUGAGAAUUAUAUUGUUAUCCAAUACUGUUGAUUCAUUUUGAAUCUUUAGACACUUAUCUCUUGCCGCAUAGGCUCUUUUUAAAGGUGCUUUCACGUAGCACAGACAUUACCAGUAGUAGUGUCAAAUAGCAGUUCGUGUCCUUUCAUUAUGUGUAUAUUUAUCAUGAGUCUAAUUUUGAUGCCUUGAGUGAUAUUCCAGAAAGGCAAUAAAUUGACAAGUGACACAGUGGGUUACCCAGUAGUAAGAUGGUUGCAUGAUUGCAUUCAAUCUUUGAUUUAUUUUAUUUUUUAAUUUUUUUUUUUUUUUUUGUAAGGUUUAGUCUUACCAAGAGCAUCUACGACCCUGGACUUUGCUUGGUAGUGCACUCAGUUUAAACAGCAAGUGCUGACUUUUUGCAUGGAAAGCGCUUCAGAGUCGAAGGAGUAAUUUCAAAUUUCAUUAUUUGUAGACCUGACAAUAUUUACUGUAUUAUCAAUGAUUGUUUUCUUUAUUGAUAGUAAGGACAAAUAAUUCUUUUUUUUUUUUUUUUCCUUUUGCAACGUGAUUGGAUGUGCUAUAGUGCAACAAAGGUUUUUCAGACCAAAAGGAAGUUACUGUAUAAUAUUCAUUUACAAUUCACUAUAUAAAUAACUACACAAAUAAUUUUUAAAUAUAAUCAAACUAAAAUAAACCUCUGUUCUGUGGAUGGUAGUGUUUAAUACAUUUUAUAUUUUGUAUAGUGAUUACAAGCCUUUUUUGUUUCUUUAAAAAUCAGAAGCUGUUUAGUAUAAUUCUUAGUAUUAUUUUGUUCUUUGCUCAAAUACAUUUUUCUGCACGCUUUUGUGAUCUGUGUUUAAAACCAACAUUGCCAACAUCGCAGCUUGAACUUAAGCUUGUUAUUCAAAAUAAAUAUUUAAUUUUUUUUAUUGCUCUUGUA